CCUAUUUCAUGGAAAGAAUUUGCCAACAUCCAUCCUUUUGUGCCCCUGGAUCAAGCUCAAGGGUAUCAGCAGCUUUUCAAGGAUUUAGAGAAGGACCUAUGUGAGAUUACAGGCUAUGACAAAAUCUCCUUCCAACCUAACAGUGGAGCCCAAGGAGAGUACGCGGGUUUGGCUGCAAUCAAAGCUUAUUUAAAUGCAAAAGGAGAACGUCAUAGAACUGUUUGCCUUAUUCCUAAAUCUGCUCAUGGUACAAAUCCAGCAAGCGCACAAAUGGCAGGGAUGAAGAUUCAGCCAAUUGAAGUAGAUAAAAAUGGGAACAUUGAUAUGUCCCAUUUAAAAGCAAUGGUGGACAAGCACAAAGAGAACUUGGCAGCCAUUAUGAUCACAUACCCUUCCACCAAUGGUGUGUUUGAAGAGGAGAUUGGAGAUGUGUGUGACCUGAUUCACAAACAUGGAGGACAGGUUUACUUAGAUGGAGCAAAUAUGAAUGCCCAGGUGGGUCUGUGUCGUCCUGGAGAUUAUGGCUCUGAUGUCUCUCACUUAAACCUUCACAAAACCUUUUGCAUUCCCCAUGGAGGAGGAGGACCUGGAAUGGGACCAAUUGGAGUGAAGAAACAUUUGGCUCCCUACUUGCCUUCCCACCCUGUCAUCAAAAUACAGCCGGAUAAGGAUGCAUGUCCUUUGGGUACUGUCAGUGCUGCACCUUGGGGUUCCAGUGCUAUAUUGCCAAUUUCCUGGGUGUAUAUCAAGACAAUGGGAGCAAAGGGUCUGAAACAUGCUUCUGAGAUUGCUAUACUAAAUGCAAACUACAUGGCAAAGAGGCUAGAGAAGCACUACAAAAUCCUUUUCAGAGGAGCAAGAGGUUAUGUAGCCCAUGAAUUCAUUUUGGAUACGAGACCUUUCAAAAAAACAGCGAACAUUGAAGCUGUAGAUCUUGCUAAGAGACUUCAGGAUUAUGGGUUUCAUGCUCCAACCAUGUCCUGGCCAGUGGCAGGGACGCUUAUGAUUGAACCAACAGAGUCUGAAGACAAGGCAGAGCUAGACAGAUUUUGUGAUGCAAUGAUCAGUAUUCGGCAGGAAAUUGCUGAAAUAGAGGAGGGCAGGAUGGACCCGCAAAUUAACCCACUAAAGAUGUCACCACAUACUCUGAACUGUGUCACUUCUUCCAAGUGGGAUCGUCCUUAUUCCAGAGAAGUGGCAGCAUUCCCACUGCCUUUCGUGAAGCCUGAAAGCAAAUUUUGGCCCACAAUUGCUCGCAUUGAUGACAUAUAUGGAGACCAACAUCUGGUUUGUACCUGCCCACCAAUGGAAGCCUAUGAAUCUCCCUUUUCUGAACAGAAGAGAGCAUCUUCGUAAGAGUGCUUCCAGCUGCCUAGAUUUCUGAGUCCAUCAGGAUGGCCUUUUCCUCCCAGAUCUGAUAGGGGAUUUAUAUACUGUGUAUAUUCUGGAUAAUCACCAUGUUUGUUAAUUGAAUCACUGCUCAGUUAAAAUGUAAAUAAAAUCAAUACGUUAGGUGUAAACAAAAUGUGAUUGUUCCACCACAGCUGAUGUUGAAGUGGCCUUGAUUCGGCAUUUUGUCUGUUUUUUGCUAAAGUUUUAACAAUUAACACCCAGUUUGCAAAGUGGCACGGAAGAUAUGGUUAAAAAAGUAGAAAAUAUGUAGAUACAUAAGGCAACACAAUGAAUAUUAACUUCAGGAGUAAUUGUUUCUGUAUUGUAAAAAAAGAUGAAGUAGAUUGUUUAAUUUACUUCAUGUAUUACCACUAGCAUUGCUAGUGUUAAUAUUUCAUACUGUUUUUUUAUCUACCAAUGUUAGUACUCUAAUAAAAUUGGUCAGAAUUUUAAGUGU